UAGCCAACCUCACCAUGUUCACCAAAAGGAAGAAGCGCAUCGAGAUCUCGGCCCCCUCCAACUUCGAGCACCGGGUCCACACGGGCUACGACCAGCAGGAGCAGAAGUUCACGGGGCUGCCCAGGCAAUGGCAGGGCAUCAUCGAGGAGUCGGCCAAGCGGCCAAAGCCACUGGUGGACCCCGUGUACAUCACGGCCGUCCAGCCCGGCUCUCAGAAGACCAUCGUGCGCGGAAACAAAGCUGCCAAGGACGGUUCCCUGGCCUGGCUGCUAGAUGAGUUUGAGAACAUGUCGGUGUCGCGCUCCAACUCGCUGCGCAGGGACAGCCCUCCUUUCCCGGCCCGGCACGACCAGUUUUACCAGGAGAACGGCCUGGGAGAGGCGCUGGGCAGGCCCCGCCACCACCAGCCCACCCACCACCACCACCACCCUCCCCACACGGAGGAGGACGGCGGGGGCGGCAGGAGCAGAGACCCCAAGGAGCGGAACCGCCACAGGCCCAAGAACGAUGUGGAACAGGGCUGGGACGACAGAACUGCCGCACCACACUCCCGUGGACACGAGCCUCACCACAAGCCGCCCCAGCAGUCUGGCCACCCCCGGCCCCCUGAGCACCCGAAGCCCUUGCCGGAACACGGAGUACACCGGGCCCCUGAGCGGGAGAGGAAGAGGGAGCCCCCCGCCGAGCGUGUGGUCAAGAGGGAGCGGAUGGAGGGGCCUGACAAGAGACCCAAGUCCACCUACACUGGCCAGCCCAGCCCACAGUCCCCCCGGGAAAAACGGCCCCUCUCUGGGCCCAAUAUCCGGACCCCGAACAUCCCCGUCUCGGAGGGGGUGAUGAAGACCGCGCAGCAGACGGGACGGCCUUUUAACACCUACCCACGGGCAGACACCGAUCUUGUCCGGGGCACUCAGGCGGAGCAUCGGCCCGGGAAAGGCCCGGAGGCAGCCUCCAACGGUCCCACCAGUGGGAACAGCGGCCCCUCCAGGGUCCCCCCUUCGGGCCCAGCCAGGCCCAGAAACCUGGAGCCCUCGACUCCGGGACUCUCCCAACACGCUUCGGACCCCCACCUGCCUUCUCCGCAACCCCCUCCCCAGCGGCCUCCGGCCCCCACUGCCCCGGCCCCUCAGCAGCCCUGCUCCCCCCAGCGGGAGCCCCAGCGGGUCUCCCACGAACAGUUCCGGGCUGCCUUGCAGAUGGUGGUGGACCCCGGAGACCCCCGGAGCUACCUGGACAACUUCAUCAAGAUCGGGGAGGGCUCCACGGGCAUCGUCUGCAUCGCCACCGUCAAGAGCUCCGGGAAGCUGGUGGCCGUCAAGAAGAUGGACCUGCGCAAGCAGCAGAGGCGGGAGCUGCUCUUCAACGAGGUGGUGAUCAUGAGGGACUACCAGCAUGAGAACGUGGUGGAGAUGUACAACAGCUACCUGGUGGGCGAUGAGCUCUGGGUGGUGAUGGAGUUCCUGGAGGGGGGCGCUUUGACCGACAUCGUCACCCACACCAGGAUGAACGAAGAGCAGAUUGCUGCCGUCUGCCUCUCCGUGCUGAAGGCUCUCUCCGUGCUCCACGCUCAGGGCGUCAUCCACCGGGACAUCAAGAGCGACUCCAUCCUGCUCACCCAUGACGGACGGGUGGACAUCUGGUCGCUGGGCGUGAUGGUGAUCGAGAUGGUGGACGGGGAGCCUCCCUAUUUCAACGAGCCCCCCCUGAAGGCCAUGAAGAUGAUCCGAGACAACCUGCCCCCCAAGCUGAAGAACCUGCACAAGGUCUCGCCUUCCUUGAAGGGCUUCCUGGACCGCUUGCUGGUCAGAGACCCGGCCCAAAGAGCCACGGCCAACGAGCUCCUGAAGCACCCCUUCGUGGGCAAGGCCGGCGCCCCCUCCUGCAUCGUGCCCCUCAUGCGCCAGAACCGGAUGAGGUGAACCAGCCGGAAGCCUUCGUGGAGAGAGAGCCCGGUGGGGAAGGACCCAUCAUCUCCAGCCAGUCCCACCAAGCAGUGGGGACCUGCGUGCGAGGAGGGGCCUUUGGGACCCCCUCCAAGCCCUGCUCCUGGGGGGCAGUCCCCCAGUGGGCGUGGGCAGGAGGCGUUCAGCCAGCAGUCGGGACCCU